UCUCUCUCUCUCUCUCCCCACAGUUGACACAGGAAGUAUCGAUAUAUCGGGUUUAAGCUGUAAUCACAGGAGGAUUUCUGAUUGUUUGAAUUCAAUCAUCUGCUCAAAGAUUCCAAAGAAAUCAAAAGUUGUGAAGAAGAUAAACGAGGGAUGGCCAAUGAGCAAGAGAAGAACUUAAUCGAAAUCUUAGAAGAGAAUAACCCAAUCGACAUUAACAAGUACACGAAUUAUGUCCAAUCGCCGCAAUGUGGGGCCAUUGCCACUUUCUAUGGGAACACCCGCGACACGUUUGACGGUAAAACUGUAAUAGAACUAAGAUACGAAGCUUAUGUGCCAAUGGCCAUCCGUUGCCUCACCUCCAUUUGUUCAUCAGCCAGAUCCUUGUGGGAUCUCAAUGCCAUUGCCGUGGCUCACCGGCUGGGCCCUGUUUCUGUGGGGGAAACGAGCGUGUUUGUUGCUGUUUCCUCUGUUCAUCGGGUUGAUGCAUUAGAUGCUUGCAAGUUUGUGAUUGAUGAGAUAAAAGCAUCGGUUCCCAUAUGGAAGAAAGAGGUGUACUCAAAUGGAGAAGUGUGGAAAGAAAACUUGGAGUUUCUUGAGAGAAGACAGGAGGUUGGGAAAGAUUUGAAAAGGGUUUGCUGCAAACCAAAAGUGAAGGUCGAGGAGGAGGUGGUGGCGGCACCGCUAAAAAAUGGUUGCUGCCGACCGAAAGUGAAGGUGGAUGUGGUGGCGGCACCGGUAGAAAAUGGUUGCUGCCGGCCGAAGGUGAAGGUGGUGGAGGAGGAAGAGGGUGGAUGUGUGGAGUCUUGCAAUCCUAAUCCAUGAUCUUGAAGAACUGUGGUAAGUUACUUUUGGUUCUCUUCUAUGUCGUGUUUGUGAUUGUCCAAAUCGUUAAAUGAAGAAUCUUGCAUUAGUCGUACAAUAU